GUGCGUCCGAUCCUGGAUCUGAAACUUCUCAACAAGUUUCUACAGGUGCGGAAGUUUCGCAUGGAGUCCCUCCGCUCCGUUAUUGUUUCUCUGCUUCCAGGAGAAUUUCUCGCGUCUGUGGACAUUCAAGACGCCUACUUGCACGUCCCUAUUGCAGAGUCUCACCAUCGUUUUCUGCGUUUUGCCAUCUGGGGUCGUCAUUACCAGUUCGUCGCCCUGCCUUUUGGGUUGGCGACCGCCCCUCGAGUUUUUACCAAGAUUCUGGCGCCUCUAAUGGUGCUUCUUCGCACCAGGUGCAUCUCUUUGUUGCCCUACCUGGACGACAUCUUGAUAAAAGCCCCGUCUCUUCCACAGGCCGAGGACAGCGUCCGAAUCACUGUUCAAUCCCUAGAACGGUUCGGUUGGCUGAUCAAUCUCCCCAAGUCCUCUCUGCGCCCCUCCCAGAGACUCUCUUUCCUGGGGAUGGUCUUGGACACUUCGGUUUCUCGGGUGUUUCUUCCGGAUUCCAAGUCCUCCCAGAUUCGGCUGGCAGUGUAGCUCCUUCUACGAUCUCCGCGUUCCACCAUUCGGGAGUGCAUGCGGGUUCUGGGCCUUAUGGUUGCCUCCUUCGAGGCGAUUCCGUAUGCCCAAUUCCACACUCGACCGCUACAACAGAUGAUCCUUGCCCUCUGGGACAAGACCUCUCGGGGUCUGGACGCUCCCGUCCGCCUGUCCCGGCAAGUUCGGGCGUCUCUCCCUUGGUGGCAGUCCUCUCUGAACCUAUCGUCAGGAAGGUCCUUCCUUCCAUUCUCCUGGACGAUAGUCACCACCGAUGCUAGCCUCAUCGGUUGGGGAGGCGUUCUCCGGAACCUCACAGUUCAGGGGGUCUGGUCGACGGAGGAAUCCCGUCUACCGAUAAACGUUUUGGAGCUGAGGGCGAUUUUCCACUCCCUCUCCCACUGGACUCCUCUCCUUGCAACUCGUCCGGUGCGUGUUCAGUCGGACAAUGCCACGGCUGUGGCUUACGUCAAUCAUCAGGGCAGGACCCGCAGUCGGGCAGUGAUGCGGGAAGUGGCGAGGAUCCUCCUAUGGGCAGAGUCUCAUGUUCCAGUAUUGUCGGCGGUGUACAUUCCAGGAGUCGACAACUGGACGGCGGAUUUUCUGAGUCGCACCAAGGUGGAUCCGGGAGAGUGGUCUCUACAUCCAGAGGUGUUCGAGGACAUCUGCCACCGAUGGGGCCAUCCAGACGUGGAUUUAAUGGCAUCCCGGCUCAACAACAAGGUGCCGGUGUUUCUGGCCCGCGCUCGGGACCCGCGGGCGUACGGAGUAGACGCGCUGGUGUCUCCAUGGCAGCGAGUCAGCCUCCUCUAUGUCUUCCCUCCACUUCCUCUGUUGCCGAAGUGCUGCGCAAGAUCGAGGCGGAGGGGAUACCGACCAUUCUCAUCGCCCCAGAUUGGCCUCGCCGCGCCUGGUUCUCAAACGUCGCUCGAAUGCUGGCGGACGUUCCGUGGCCUCUUCCCGACAGAGAGGAUCACCUGUCUCAGGGACCGCUCUUCUACCAGAAUUCACGGCAGCUGCGUUUAAUGGCGUGGCUAUUGAGACCUCCAUCCUGAGGAAGAGGGGGUUCUCUGAUGCGGGGGUGAGAACCAUGAUCAGGGCUCGGAAACCGGCUUCUUCACGGAUCUAUUAUCGCACCUGGAGGGCCUAUCUGACCUUUUGUGAGAAAUCGGGUUUUCCGCCCCUUCGUUUCUCUGUCCCAGUGGUGCUGUCUUUUCUCCAGUCCGGCCUCGAGGUGGGGCUGUUGCUCAGUUCUUUGAAGGGUCAGGUUUCGGCCCUGGCUGUCUUUUUUCAAAGGUCCAUUGCCUUUUUGGGACCUGUGAGAACCUUCCUGCAGGGGGUGGCGUAUUUGGUUCCUCCGUAUGUUCCUCCCUUGCCCCCCUGGGAUCUCAACUUGGUCCUGCGUGCCCUUCAGGCGGCGCCUUUUGAGCCUCUGAGGGAGGUCUCGCUGGUCUUACUCACCUGGAAGGUAGUUUUUCUGGUGGCCAUAACCUCCAUCAGGCGGGUUUCGGAGCUGGCCGCACUUUCCUGCCAGGAGCCUUUUCUGAUUUUUCACCAGGAUAAAGCUACUUUCACACUAG